CAAUUAGCUGGAGAAAAAGAGCGGUUUAAAAGACAGUGAGACGAGGAGAUCUUAAUACAGCUGUGGGUAUUCCCCAUUGGAGGACUCAUUUUUACAGCCUCUAUGCUGCCUCUUCAACUCUAAUACUGAUAGCCAACCCCAAGCUCUUGUAGGGAGAAGAAGAGGAGAGGCUAGCAAAGUGGGUAGACAAGAAAAAAAAUAGUUAGGGCCAAGUGUGUGGUCUGAGAUGUGUUACCAACAGAAGGAGAAACAAAAUCCUUCAAUAAGAGAAGUGGGAAAACAGAGGAAAGGGAGCCAUUUGCUGUCCUCGUACCAACCAUGUGUCAGUUUGUACCUGCCUUGGGGAUGCUGUGUACCCUCUUUGACCAACGCUGUCACAAGGCACAGGAGUCUCUUCUGAGUUCAGCCAGCGGUUAUAGAAACUACAGAGGAGUACUGAACUGGUGUGUGGUGAUGCUGGUCCUGAGUAAUGCUCGCCUCUUCUUAGAAAACAUUUUAAAGUAUGGUAUUCUCGUGGACCCCAUUCAAGUGAUUUCCUUGUUUUUGAACAAUCCCUACAGCUGGCCUGCAGCAUGUCUGGUGAUUGUGUCCAAUGUAUUCAUUCUUGUGGCUCUCUACACUGAAAGGCAGCUGUCGAAGGGUUCAUUUAGUGAAUUUGCUGGAUUUCUGGUCCAUUGCAUUAACUUGUCAAUCCUGCUAACAUUUCCUGCUGCAGUGGUGCUGCUGGUUCCUUCUAUGACUCCAGUUGGUGGUGCGAUUUCACUCGGCAUUCACACAAUCCUCUUCCUGAAGCUGUAUUCGUAUAAAGACGUAAACCUGUGGUGCAGGGAGCUGAGCACUGUCAAGGCCAAGAAACUGGCCAGGUCACUGUCUUGUCCAUCAUCACAGCACUUUAAAGGAGGCGAACAGAAAGUAUGUUACCCUGGCAACCUUGCAAUCAAAAACAUUUACUACUUUGUCUUCGCUCCGACUCUGUGUUACGAACUCAACUUCCCUCGAUCUCCUAAAAUUCGCAUUCACUUCCUGCUGAGGAGGCUGUUUGAGAUGAUGUUUUUCAUCCAGCUUUUAGUUGGUCUUACCCAGCAGUGGAUGGUCCCCAUCAUUCAAAGCUCAAUGAAGCCACUUAAAGACAUGGAUCUGUCCCGGAUGACUGAGAGACUUUUACGAUUAGCUGUCCCAAAUCACUUGUUAUGGCUGAUGUUUUUCUACUCGUUCUUCCACUCAUCUAUGAAUUUCACAGCCGAGCUGCUACGUUUCGGAGACAGACAGUUUUACAAUGACUGGUGGAAUUCUGAGACGGUGACUUACUUCUGGCAGAACUGGAACAUCCCUGUACACAAGUGGUGUCUACGUCAUUUCUACAAGCCUCUUCUAAGGAAAGGAUUCAGUAAAAUAGUCAGCCAAUCAGCUGUCUUUUUCCUGUCAGCGUUCUUCCAUGAGUACCUGGUGAGUGUUCCUCUCAGGAUGUUCAGAUUGUGGGCUUUCACUGGCAUGAUGGCUCAGCUUCCAUUAGCCUGGUUUGUUGGCCACUUCCUGCGAGGUAACUACGGCAACGCUGCAGUGUGGAUGUCCAUCAUCAUCGGUCAGCCGUUUGCUGUCUUGAUGUAUGUCCACGACUACUACGUGAUGCACUACGGGAACGAAGCAGAAUGAUACCCAAGCAAACCAGUACAGAUUGGACCUUGUUUUUCUCUGAUUUCCUUCCUCUGCCGAACAAACAGAUAAACAGCACUAAUAGACAAUCAGUAACAGAUAUUAGACUCUACAACUCAGGAUAAUCUCUUAACAUGUGUUAUGAUUUAAUCAUGUUUACAUAAAACCUUUUGUAGACUUUACACAGGACAAAAAAUGUAAUCAUAAUAUUAUAAUCCUGGAGUAUUACUGUAACUAUUGGAGGGCAAAAGAAAACCUGCUGACUGCAGCUUUAUACUCAGGUGAUCGGUACUCUAGUGUCUUAUUAGAACGCAUGAUUGUGAGUGUGGGCUGAAACUCCUGUGAAUGCAGAACUUAUAUUUCAAUGCAAUACAAUAGGACUUUGUUUAGUUUGUUCUAUGUUUUACUCUCUGGCUUUGUGUGGACAUUGAGGAAAAUGUAUGAUAAUAUGAUUGCAUAGCAUUGUUUAAGUGCUCUAUUGCAAGUUGAGAUGAAAUUAUCAUCAGUUUUUUUUAAGUCAAAGUGACUGUAAUCUGUCUGAUUUAAAAUAUGAGGAAAAAUGAUUGUAUGGUAGGAGGAUUCUGCUGUUUCUGUUUUGUUUCAGGAUUUCUUUAUCAGUUCCUGUAAGGUCAGCAUUACUGUAUGUCUGUGUGGUCUUUUUAUUUUUAUUUAGAUUUUUACCUAAAGUGCCAUCUGAAAACAGGUCCAGUCAUCACAAAGACUUUCUGUGUUAAUCUUUGUGGACAAUUGCCAAGUAACUGACAUAUCUGGUAAAACAAUGUGAUAUAAAUUAAUGUAUAAAGAACUGGAGAUAAAAUGGUGGUUCCUAUUUGCCCUUUUGAUG